CAGGAGCUUGCUUGGCAUCGCCACCCCAAAGCAACGGGCCCCCCGGAGCACCCCUUUCUGCACCUCCCUAACUGUCUGGCUUACCUGGUCCUUCCUGCCCUCCUUUGUGCUGUGCAGUGCCCGUCAAAAGAUUAGGCAAUGGCCCAAGCUCUGGACUUGGUGCCUUGGCCGCCAGAUGCCAGCCCCAUCUACGCAGCACCCGCAGUUCUCAUUCCCCUGGAGCCCAAGAAGACCAUGUUAGCUGGAGUGAAGGAGCGCCUCUACCACCCCUGCCUGCCAACCCUGAGGCGCAUGGACAUGGACACCAUGGCCCACAGACUCACCGACACACACUCCAGGACCACCACCACCUGCUCCAAAGAGGAUUUCCAAAGGGCGACCUUCACCUUGGCCGGAGUGCCCAGCAGGCUCCUCCCCUCCCGGGCCGUUCUGGAGCUGCGCCAGUCGCGGGCCGGCCGGUACCGCGCGGGGAAGCUGGCCCCGCUGCCGCCCGGUACCAACCAGGAGGAGUGGCCCAGCUACACGCGCGCCAUGGAGGACUGGUCCCGCUUCGUCUCCGCCGCCGGCGAGUUCGCGCUGCCCAGCCUCAACCGCAAAGUUCUUGGGUUCAGCUGUUAUGCUGUCAGAUACUUAAAACCAGACAUCACUCAAACCUGGAGGUAUUGCCUCAAUCAGAAUCCCAGCCUGGAUCGAUAUGGACCAAAGCCUCUUCCUUACAACACCGUGAACACCUACAGGAGCUUUGGAACCGCCCACAGCCGCUCUCACUACCUUGAGCCCUGGCGCUAAGGAGCUGGUUUCUGAAGAGGCCUGCUUGCCCAGGCGUUGAGCAUCCACAAACAAUAAAAGCUAUUAGUGGCCGAGGAAGGCACCUCCCAGGCAGGCAAAUGUUUUCGGCCUUGUGCUUUAAGUCUGAAGGAUGCAGACCAAGAGGAAAGGCCUCCCUCCGGGUGUAACAAGAAGCAGCAGCCCCAGCAUCUGAGCACCUUCUGAAACAACCUAGGAUCUGACCAGCCUAAAAAGGGCAGCAUUUUUCUUUCACCAUAUGGAAAAUUGGGGGACCAAGAAGUCCUUGUUCUCAUCUGCAGCUCACGGAUAUGAUGGCACUGAAAAUAGUUGCUUAUGACUGGUCCUCACACUUACAACCGUCGCAGCAUCCCCAUGGCCACAUGAUCAAAAUUCAGGCACUUGGCAACCAGCCUGUAUUUAAGAUGAUUGUAGCAUCCUGGGGUUAUCUGAUCGCUAUCUGUGACUUUCCCAGCUGGCUUUUGACAAGCAAAGUCAAUGGAGGAAGCUGGAUUCGCUUAAUAGCCGCACAAUCCACUUAACAACUGCAAUGAUUCAUUUAGCAACGCUAGCAGAAAAGAUUAAAUUGGGUGCAACUCACUUAACAGUCACCUUAGCAACAGAAAUUCUGGUGUUCUGGGUACUUUCUCAUUAGACUCACCAGAGUUUUGUUCUUGAAGGUGCCGCUUUCCGGCCCAGGAGCCGAGGGAAAUUGAUGGCCCCUGAAAGAGACCCUGACUGACUGCACUGCCAGCCCAACCCCAGAAGCAUAUCGGGGCUUCUGCCCAUCCAGAAGUGUUGACUCUUAGAAGUGGGCAAGAUCAAGAAACAUGGCGGGAGUCCCAGGCACAUCUGCCUGCAAAGCCUGCCCAAGUUUCUCCCUGCCCAUAUAAGCAAAGUCAAGAUUGGGUUAUUUUGAGUUUCUUUCUCAGAAGUGACCCGUUUUUUCCCUUUCCAUUCCAGGGUCAUACAUGCAUUCCUUUGCACCAAGGCUGUUUUCCCCACCCACCACUCUCCUUGCUUCCUUUCUUGCCUGUGCGAAGAAGAGGGAAGUCUUCAGCUGUCAGUUCCCCACCCCAGAGGGCUAAAAGAUGAGAGAAGGGGCAGCACUGGGGGAGGGGGCUGGCAGACUCUCCCGCAACCCAAAGGGAAAUGACCUUAAAUAUCAGGGCUCAGGGCAGUGCCAGCAAAGCUUUGGCUGAUCAAAAGGAUAGCCCUCCUGCUUGGCACGGCUGGUGCCAACUGAAGAGAAAAGCCACCUUAGGAAGGGAGCAAGGAAAGACGGGCAGAGGAUGCCAUGCAUCCAUGUCUUUCCAGAUGAUCAGGAAUCCUCACACCAGGGUAAGCAGCAGGUGCAAAUGAAUGUUGGUUUCCAAAUAACCGAGUUUAGCCUGUUCUGCAAAGAACAGCCACCUUUGGAAAAUAAUCCCCAGCGUGACUAGUUUUGCAGUUGGCAUCUGUGGCUGUUGGGCAUGUUGGUAGGAGCUGCUGACAUUGCCACUCUUACAUCCGAGAACCAGGACAGCAACUGCACCCCUGAACCAAAACUUUCAGCAAGGCUCCAAGGAUGAGCCUUGUCUCAUCCUGGCAUUUCCUCUGUUCCGCAGGUGCAUUAAACAAGGCCAUUUACUCUCCAGCCCUCUCCAAAGUAGCAGCCUCUGGCGCUCCACCCUUUGCUGCUCCCAGUUGUGCCAACGCCAACUGCUCUCCAACCGCUCUCGAAGCCCCACUUGAAGUUUUAACACCUGGAUGUGAAGGUGUUGCUGGCCUCACCUCCUUCUGCCUUGGAGGCUUUGUUGUCUGUGCCCCUGCACAGACUGCCCGAUUCCUCCAAUGCGUCUUGUUAGAAUUCUGGCAGAAAUUGGUCCAGCCUUGAAUGAGUCCAUUGUUGUAGAAAAGCUGCUGUUGUGAUCUCAACUGUCCACCCUCAGUUCGGCAGUGUUACCAUUCAAGAGCCUUUGGGUGACUGAGCUUCCAACAACCCCUUAGGAUUCAGCAGCUGACAUUCAAUAAUGGGGCAAUUGUUUGUGCCCAAGCGGCUCAUUCCCACACUCAGAUGUAUUUCAAAUUGUUUUAAGUGAGUGUAAUCUAAAGUAACCCCCGGGUCUACCAGGUUUUUGAUGUUCAAUUCCUGGUUCGCCUCUUGAUUGCACAAAUAUCCACCUGAGGCUGCUAUGCAUAAUCCAAUCUUGGAUUGUAUUGAUAGAGACAUAUUGCUUGUGUUGACCUAGAGUAGACACCAUAUCCGAUACUGCAGGAACACCAUGCGUCUGGGUCUGCAUUCGUGGCAUCUAUGCCUUCUGUAAGCAACCAAAUGUUGGUCUUGGCAUCAGUUUGGGACAAGCCCCCUUCCAUUUACGACACCUUCUUAUCCACCAACUGUGAAGGGAAAACGGGAAAGUGGGGAGAGAAACUGAUGUGCUGCCUGAACUCUUUAGGGAUCAGUAGAAUUAAAAUCCAGAAAGACACCUUUUUUGUUGACAGGAGCCUCCUUGUCUUGCAACAACUGUGUGCUGUUAAAUGUAUGCUGUUCUUGAAACGUUGACUGCUUUAAAAAGUACUGGUUUUACCCAUCCAAUUCCCAGUUCUGGUGCUUACCAUUUUCACUGAACUUGUUCACAGGAGCUCGGCUUAAAACCCAGCCUAUGCAUCAAUUCUUGGGCAAGUUCAUUUUCUCACACCUGGCCUAACCUAAAGGAUGUUGCAACAGAUAAAUAGAAUGAGGUAGUUCUGAGCUCUUGGCAAAAGAGCAUAUUUCUUUUUAAAAAAAUUGAAUAUAUUGGGAAAUCUGCCCUGGGUGCAAUACAAGUAUUUCCCUUCCAAAUUUUGCCUAGAACCCGGCAAGGCCUAUGUUAGCAACAGAAAAGCAAAGCACCAAGAGCCUCACUUUGUAUCUGGGCAUGGGACCCCAGUUAUAUGAAGGACGCAUCUUCUGGCUGUGUUCGACACUUUCCUUAGCUGCUACAUAUUUUAAUGUUUAUAUUCUUGAAACUAUUUUUAAUUGACUUUAAUUUUGUUUGCCACCUGCUCACUUGAGAUGGGUAGCCAUCGAAAAUAAAGCAAGACAAAUUCACUU